AUGCUCAAAACCACCCGCCUCAGCUCCCACCCCCCACACCCCCUUGGCCUCCCCGGCCUCAUCGCCCACACCGCUCUCCGCGCGCUGCAGCUCCUCAUCGCACUCGUCAUAACAGGCAUCUACGGGCGCGACCUGCACCGCGCGAGCCAAGUGCACGAGUCCGCCGACUCGCGCUGGGUCUACGCCAUGGUCGUGGCGGCGCUGACGAUCCUUACCACGCUCAUUUUCCUUGUGCCGGCGGUGCGGUGCGCGAGGUUCUGGCCGGCGGACGGGGCGCUGUUCUUUCUGUGGAUGGUGCUGUUUGCGGUGUUUGGGAAGCUGUAUCUGGGCGAGGACUGUGAGGGGAGCGGCGCGUGCGGGAGGAUGAAGACGGCGGUGUGGUUUGAUCUGGUGGGGAUGUUGCUGUGGUUGGCGACUUUUGUGGGCGGCGCGUUUUUGUUCUGGAAGGAGAGACAUAGUCGUACGAUCUUUACGGGGCGGGGGACCGUCUAG